GAUCUUGCCGAGCGUCAGUCUCCUAGGCAACCCCACUAAACAAGAUGGCGGCCUCCGAGAGGGCUCUCCUGAGGACCAGAGCUGCCUCUCUCCUGAGAGGCUUGGGCAGAUCCCGAACUGGAGCCCAAUCGUUACAGUUUCUUGCGGAAGAGGAGCGUCAGCCUUGCCGGUCUUCUUUUCCCAUGGGGCACAAGACGAAAGGCACGUACAACGCAGCCUCCUCCUACCUGCUCCAGCAGCUCAUGCACCGCUAUCAGGAGCUGGACGCGGACGGAGACGAGGACCUGGGCGAGGGCGAGUUGAGAUCCGAGGAGUCCUCAGAGUCCGAAAUGCUGAAUUUGGAGAAGAAAUUUGAUGGGGUCCUGAGAGAGGAGGCCGUGGCUGAAGCACUCCAUCAGUUGGGGCGCUCAGGGUCUGGGACUGAGCAAGUCUACCUCAAUCUGACUUUAUCAGGUUGUAAUUUAAUUGAUGUUAGCAUUCUCUGUGGAUAUGUUCACCUACAGAAGUUGGAUCUUUCAGCAAAUAAAAUUGAAGAUUUAUCUUGUGUGAGUUGUAUGCCUUAUCUCCUAGAACUUAAUGCUUCUCAAAAUAAUUUGACUACAUUCUUCAAUUUCAAGCCACCCAAAAACCUCAAGAAGGUGGAUUUUUCCCACAACCAAAUUUCUGAAAUUUGCGAUUUGUCAGCGUAUCAUGCUCUCACUAAACUAAUUUUGGAUGGCAAUAAGAUAGAAGAAAUCAGUGGACUAGAGAUGUGCAACAAUCUAACUCACCUUAGUUUGGCCAACAACAAGAUCAUGAAAAUCAAUGGCUUAAAUACGUUACCAAUCAAAACACUUUGUCUGAGCAAUAACCAGAUUGAGACGAUCACAGGUUUGGAGAAUCUGAAAGCCCUGCAGAACCUGGAUCUGUCCCACAAUCAGAUAAGUAGUCUCCAAGGCUUAGAGAAUCAUGACCUCCUGGAAGUAAUCAACCUCGAGGAUAAUAAGAUUGCUGAGCUGAGAGAAAUAGAAUACAUUGAAAAUCUACCUAUCCUUCGAGUUCUCAAUCUUCUAAACAAUCCAAUUCAGGAAAAGUCUGAAUAUUGGUUCUUCGUAAUUUUUGUGCUUCUGCGAUUAACAGAAUUAGAUCAGAAGAAGAUUAAAGUGGAAGAAAAGGUUUCAGCAGUGAAUAAAUAUGAUCCUCCCCCUGAAGUGGUUGCAGCCCGAGACCACCUGACCCAUGUUGUCAACAGCGUGAUGCAGCCGCAGAGGAUCUUUGACAGCACUCUUCCCAGCCUGGAUGCCCCUUAUCCCAUGCUCAUAUUAGCUGGUCCUGAAGCUUGUGGGAAACGAGAACUUGCCCAUCGCCUCUGCAGACAGUUUAGCACUUACUUCCGAUAUGGGGCCUGUCACACCACAAGACCACCAUACUUUGGAGAAGGGGAUCGAGUUGAUUAUCAUUUUAUCUCUCAAGAAGUGUUUGAUGAUAUGGUAAACAUGGGAAAAUUCAUUUUAACAUUUAGUUACGGUAAUCACAAGUAUGGAUUAAGUAGGGACACGGUGGAAGGUAUUGCAAGAGAUGGUUUGGCAAGCUGUAUUCAUAUGGAAAUAGAAGGUGUAAGAAGUUUGAAAUAUUCCUAUUUUGAGCCUCGUUAUAUCCUGGUGGUGCCCAUGAACAAGGAAAAAUAUGAGGGAUAUUUACGGAGAAAGGGAUUAUUCAGUCGUGCAGAAAUUGAAUUUUCUGUCUCCAGAGUGGACAUUUACAUUAAAAUUAAUCAGAAAUUUCCAGGAUAUUUUGAUGCAGUAAUCAAUGCAGAUGAUCUGGAUGUUGCUUACCAAAAACUGAGUCAGCUCAUCAGAGAAUACCUGGGGUUGACUGAGGAACCUGCCAAGGGUUUGGCUGCAAUUGCAGCAGGAGCUCCCUCUAGCAAGAAGACUCUCUCUGGGGUACCAGCACACCUGGUUCCAUCUCCCAGGCGCUUGGCGAAACUGCAAGCAGAUGGCCAGAUGACAGAGCAUCUCUCUGGAAUGCAAAUUCAUGCCAAGGACCUAGAAAAUCAGAGCCUGACUCCUGCCCAGAACCAACAGCUGGCUCAUGAUAGAGAAACCCAUCAAAAAGAGCUUUCUCCUGACAGCCAUCUCAAUCCUGAGCUUCCUCAACACCUGAGCUCAUCAGCCCUGGGGCUUUCUCACCAGGCCCAGGACUUGGCCCUAAACCCAAUGGAAGAGGAUGUCGGACAAUCAGAUCUUCCUCCAAAACAAAUAGCCGCUGAGACCGAUGUCCCUGUUGCGAAAGCCACUGAGGUGGGGCAGUCUCCAGUCGCCCCUGCCCUGGCGCCUCCUGCACACCCUUCCCCUCCUGCCUCUCACAGCCCUCAGCCAGGCCAGGACGAGGAGUCAGGGGAGACCCAGGUAACCCCCACUGGCCCUUCCCUGCCUGAACCUCCACAGCGACCUGGCCCCACUCCCCUCGGCCCUCAGAGAAGUCAGGACGAAGAAACUGAGUCAGCAAAACUUCCACCCAGCAGUUCCCACUGUGAUCCUCCAAAAGAUUCUUCCCACCCUGACUCAGAAACUGAGUCAGCAAAACUUCCACCCAGCAGUUCCCACUGUGAUCCUCCAAAAGAUUCUUCCCACCCUGACUCGGUGCAGAAACCUGCUAGAGAUUCUCAGCAAGCUCUGAAGGAGGAAACCUCCAGACCGGAAGCCAUCCGGGUCAGUACCCCUUACCCAGCAUUGCCACAUCCCCAAGACUUAGCAACAGAUACCAAGCAGGCCCAGACCAGGGAAGCCCCAGGGACCUUGCUUCCUAGAAGCCGGCUGGCUCCUACACGGCUGCCACAGCCUCAGGUGCUGGCUCCCCUCCAGAGCAGGAGGCCCACCCUCAAACUCCUAUCACCCAGCAGGGAAGAGGCUUUAGGAGCAACCUCCAAUCAAACCAUGACUCCCUCUCCCAGGCCUCCACCAACCCGGGAAGCAGACAUGAGUAAACUGCCUCCCAUCAGCCCUCCCCACUCAAAACCACCAGCUCCUCCUGGGAGCCCCCAGGAAGUCCACAGUCCUCAGCAAGCCCAGGUCAGUGAGGUGAAGCUCCCUCUGAUCAGUACCCCCAGCCGUGAGCAAGGAGCAUUCCCAGUCCCUCUCAGGAGGAGGCGGCUCAGAAAGUGAGGCUUCCUCGCCUUCCUGCUCCUCUCCCAGAGCCACAGCUGCCCCAGAACUUGGGGAUUUAGCUUGAUCCAAGCCUGCAAAGGACAGGAAAGCUCCCCAAGCAGGUGACUCUCCAGGAGGAGGAUUCCAGACAUGCAGGCCUCACCCAUAACCAGGGGCCCCUGCAGCAGACAGGGGCUAGGGAAAAAAACUCCCCAUCCAGAAAGGGACGGCUAGAGGACUGGCACCCCUGGAAGAGGCACCGCCUGGGAGCCACCAGCCAGCCUCACAGCUAGAACCCACCGUCAGCCAGGGCCCGCCGUGGUGCCUGAGCAUCCCAACCCCAGCCCUCCUUUGAACCCUGAGAGCAACCAGAGAAGCAAAGUCCAUACACCAGAAAUUGCUGAGCCACCCCAUCCUGAGCCAUCACCUAAAGACCCCAAUUACAACAAGAGAAAAAAACAAAUUCCAGAAAAAGGGCCCAUACCAACCUCCUCACAAAUGACCUGGCGCAGAACGUAGAUGUGUCCAGACAAGGGCCAUCUUGGAAGAGAGAUUUUUGGAGGAUGAUCUAAAGAAAAUAAAACUCCCAUUGGCCGCGAUCAGCCAGCUCAGGAGGGCCAGCCCCCAGUGGGAGACCCCUCCAGGGGGAAAAGGCCCCUGCGGAGUCGCUACAGGGCAGUUCAGCUCCUAUGGAGCAUCCAGGGAGAAAGGGACAGGUUCAUUGAAAGGGCAGGUCUCAGAGGAGAGAGAUUGCUUCACAACCCCCAGAGCAGGACAGCAAGCCCCACACCCAGCAACCGGUCAGGACGCAUCAGCCUAUCAGGGAGCAGGUCCGGCCAGAGAGAGCUCUGUUCAAAGGGACAAUGUACCUGCUUCCAAACAGCAAGCCAAAGAGAAGCAAACCAGAAAACAUGGGGCAGUGCCACAGAACAAAAGCCCCCCUACUCCUCAGAACCAGUUGUCUGCUGAGGAGCAGGGCAGCCGGGAGGGAAGACUGCACACCAGGGGAAAUCAGAGCCCCAAGGUUUAAGCUACCCCCAGAGCCACCAGCGCAUUAAGGUCUGGGAACCCCGAGGCAGCACCGUUACAGAACAACCAGCGAUGGCUGGGUCUUCACACUGGCUUCAUCCUGAACCCACAGCCAGCGUAGGUGGAGGGGCCGUUCAGCGCUGUCCAGACCUUGGAUUCCUAGGAGGCAGGCAAUCUGCACUGCUGUGCCUCUUCUAUGGUUGCCAUUGCAGCCUGGAAGAGCAGCCGUCACAGAGGGGUGCAGCUCUAUCAACUGCUGCCAUCAAAUUAAGCCACUCUGGAAGGCUGGUGUCAGCAAGUAGCCUUUGUGUCCAGACACAAAUCCAACCUGAGUUCCAACUCUGGCUGAAGCCAGGCCAUAUUGCCAUUACAUUUUGUUCUCUUCAUAAGGAAAAUUUGCUUCUAGACUUCUAGAAAGUCCUCUCACCUCUCUUGCGUUAUGGAGGAGUUCCAAAGCAAAAAGAACUCUUGAGAAAGAGACUGCUGUUCCUGGAGGUUCUAAACCUGCAGUUAAUUUGUGAGAAUCUUCUGUAGGGAACAGAACCUAUUUUGCACGCAUGAUACUGUGAUCAAAUGCUUCAGAUUUGUCUUGGCAAUAUGUUGCCUGAAACUUACUUUUUUUUGAAAUGUAUUUCAAAAUGAAUACCUUCCUUCUUUCUCUGAAUAGAAAUCUCAUGUAAAUCAGCCCAUGCCUUUAUGAUGUCAAACCAUCUGGUUGAAUCGAUUAAAAGAAUUAGUGGGGAGUGGAUCAGUUGUUCAUUUAUCGAUUCAUACCAUCAGGAUUCUUUUGCUGGCAAAUGAUAGGAGUCCACUCUAAGCCGGCUCGUGUGACUGUGAGAAGGGAGUAGAAGAUUGCAUGUGACCAGACUGCCAGAAGCGCAGGGCUCCAGCAGGGCUCAGAGAGAUUGGGGGCCAGUUGCGGAGCGUAACCAGGACUCUAGUCAUCUCCUGGACUGUGGUCUGGUACUCUCACCGCUUCUCAUCUCUGUUUCUUCCUCCAUGUUGGCCUCAUUCUUUGGACUACAAAUGACUCUUACCAAUUUCUGCACAUGCUGGGGAACCUGGCCACCAGCAGCUCUCAAGCCCACAUCUCAUUUUACCUCUGGAAGCUCCCACUACUGUAAAGGGGUUAAUUUGAAUGAAUGUUCAUUAAUCCUAAUCCAGGGAAAGUCUUAUUGGCUUAGCUUGGUUUAGGCACUCGUUCUUAAACCAUUCUACUCUGACAGGGACCAGGGUUACCUUUAGACAUACCUACUGAAUCUACUCCUAUGUAUGGAGACUAUACUCCCCCCAAAAAGAGGACAAUUGUGACUAAAACAGACAACCUAAGUUGUGACUCUUAAAAAGAUAUCUAUUGAGCACUUACUGUGUUUGGUAUCUCCUAUUUAAAAAUGUAACUGAUGACUAAAUGCCUGUGUAAAUGUAUUUUAUCUUACACAAAACAGAUGUGUCCCUGAGACUAUGAAUUUCAAAUGUUAUUUCAAGGGCAGUAGAGGAAAUUGGUAUUUUAGAAAUUUUGGAAAUCCAGGAUAUAGAAAUCCUCUUGCAAAAUGAAAAGCUUAUGUAAUGCCAGUAAUUACCUUCUGAUUUAUCUGAGUUGUCCAUAAUGAAAAUAAUACAGUAACUUUAGAAAACAUAUCUAAUAAUGUUUUAUAUACAGUAACUUUAGAAAUAUUUAGAAAAUAAUACAGUAACUUUAGAAAGCAUAUCUAAUAAUGUUUCAUAUACAGUAACUUUAGAAAUAUUUAGAAAAUAAUGCAGCAACUUUAGAAAGCAUAUCAUUUAUUUAUUUAUUUAUUUUUACUAAAAGUUCAUUCAUCCAACAAGCAUUUAUUGAGUACACUCUAUGUGCCAGAUGGUGUUGGUUGCUAGAUAAGGUGAGAUGAUGAGGACGCUUCAAGGAGCUUUGUCUUUUAUCAAGGGAAACAGAUAAGAGAGUUCAUUAUACUAAUAAUAGCGUGUGAUUAGGGCAACUGAAGGCCCCACAGCGUGCUAGGCUAUAUUUUGCAUCCUACAGACAGGAAAAUCCAUUUGUUAACUUUCCCAGACUGUCAUAAGAAUACCGAGGAAGGACACUGAAUUCAGCCUGGGAUACAAAAACUGGAUCAGAGAACACUUCUAAGAGAAGGUCAGCCUUCAGCUUAGUCUUCCCGGUUGCAGAAUUAGUCAGCAGACUGACGGCAAGAGGAAGUUUUCUUAGAAGCAACCACAUAUGCCUAUGCAGAGGCACGCACAGGCAUAGCAUUUUCUAAGGACCCGAAUGCCAGGAGAGAUGUAGGUCUAUGUAGAUCCAAAGUGCCUUUUGUGCUACUCCAGUGAGCUUGGAAACUUGAUCUUCAACAAUGGGGAGCCGCUGAAUUUGUAUCAUAGGGGCGUCUGUCUGGAGGAGGUAUAGAGGAUGAAUUGGAGGAGAGCAAUUCAGGAAACAAGAGGAGCAGCUGGAAAGUUAUUGCUGUAGUCCAGGAAAUAGGGUCAGGCCUGAAAUGAGGCUCUGGGGGCAGGAAUUGUCAAAGUAGAUAAAUAUUUAGAUUGGAUGUGGAGGAGGGCAGAUUGUGCAAGAGAGGAAGAAAAUUAAGAUGAUGACUCAUUUUCUGAGCUGGGUGUGGGCACUUUAGCGUUGACCAUGUCUCACUUAGGUGAAGAAUUUUAGAAAUUUAAGAUUACUUUUAGAAAUGUGUAAUUUUCCUCUUUGAGCACCUGUUUCUGAGGCUCCUGAAGGCACUUGGGGUUCCAUUUCCAUUAAAGUACUAACAGGAAGUGAUAAGCCAAGUUUUUGUAUCACUUCUUUGUGCCUGCGUUAUUGUUUUAGUAGUGUACGUUCCUAAUGUCUCAGGUUCAGUGUCGGGUUCUGACCACAUUUUGUUUGUGGUCAGAGGAAAGGAGUGAAAAGAAUAUCAACAAAAGGUUUUUAGUGCUAUUACUGAUUUUCUUGGUAUAAGGAAAACUUCCGAUUUUUACAUAGAGAAUAACAAGGCUUAAAAAUUGCCAUUUUCCAUCUAUAUUUACAAAGUUUCUAUCAUUCCCAUGUGAUAUGUUGCUUAGCAAGGUGAUCUUUAUAGAAACAAAAAAACAUGGUGGCUUAUAGUUACUACAUUAGUAAUACAUCUUUAUCGCCUUUAAGGGAGACUGGCACCUAAUAUUCAAAUCAAUGGAGAUAAUAGUGCCACUUGGCGUGACAGCCUUCCUCUAAUAUUUAAAGAGCUAAAUCAGUGAUUUCCAAAAUGUCAAAAGAGAAUUGAAUGAAGGGCAUGAGUGGGAAAUUCACAGAAGAGGAAAUAAAAAUGGCCAAUAGAUAUGUCAGAAAUAAUUAACCUCAUUAUUAGUUAAAACAGGAUGGACAUUUUUUUUGUUCUGAAUUGGCAGAUGAAAAACAGCUUAAUGCCUAUACCUGGCGAGGAUAUGGGUAAAUGCACUUUCUUUGUCUCAGUAGAGAAAGUGAAUUGGCACAGUUUUUCUGGGGCACAGUUUUACAAUUUUCUGUCACAUUUACAAGAUACACAAUUUUUUGUGUAUCCUCAGUCUAGUAAUUUGAAUCUGAGGAUUAUCAUAAGGUAAUCACUUAUGUGCAGUGAUGUUCAUAUCACUGUAUUUAUGAUAAAAUCUAGAAAUAAUCCAGCUAUCUAAUGGGGUUUUAAAAAUAAGUUAUGGCAUAGCUGUAUGCUGGAAUGUUAUGUGGUCAUUAUAAUCAUGUUGUAGAAGAAUAUUUAAUUACAGGAAACUAUUGGUUUCAUAGUAAGUAGAAAGCAGGUUAAGAAGGUAGAAUCAGGGCCGGGUGCGGUGGCUCAACCCUGUAAUCCCAGCACUUUGGGAGGCCGAGGCCAGUGGAUCACGAGGUCAAGAGAUCGAGACCAUCCUGGUCAACAUGGUGAAACCCCGUCUCCACUAAAAAUACAAAAAAUUAGCUGGGCAUGGUGGCGCGUGCCUGUAAUCCCAACUACUCAGGAGGCUGAGGCAGGAGAAUUGCCUGAACCCAGGAGGCAGAGGUUGCGGUGAGCCGAGAUUACGCCAUUGCACUCCAGUCUGGGUAAUAAGAGCGAAACUCCAUCUCGGAAAAAAAAAAAAAAAAAGAAGAAGAGGAUAGAAUCAGUGUGGCUCCAAUUAUUAGCUCUGGAUUAUGGAUUAUGUAUAAUUUUUAUUUUCCUAUUUAUGCUUUUUAGUAUUUUCUAAAUUUUCUACAAUGACCUAUAGGUUUAUUCAGAAAAAGUUAUAUGAAAUUCAGUCACACACACACACACACACACACACACACACACACACACACACACUUUGAAGAGCUGUCAUGCAAAAGCAAUAGCCUUACAUUCUAUUUUGAUUUGACAUCAUGAACCUUCUAAGAGUUAGAGGUGAUUUGCCGAGGGACAGACUAGCUUGCUCCAGAAGUUAGAUGCUCUGUUAUGGGAAUCUUACAGAAGGUCUUCUUAUCUUGGGGGAUUAGUUGGACUGGCUAAAAUGUAAGAUUCAUUUUAUGAUCUAAGAUCCACUUAGUGCAACUGACUCCACUUGCUGGUUACGAGGAAUCCUGUUUUAUUAAAUGUAGUGCUUAGUACUAGAAAAUUGUAUGUACUUAGUACUCCUUAGAUAUAUGGCUUUCAAAGUUUUAUUGACCAAGAUCCAUCAUUAGAAGUAUACAUUUUACAAUAUCAUGACCCAGUAAACACAUACACAGCUAGAAAAAAAAAUAUGUCAAAAAACACCCUUACCAUGGUGAUAGAUGACUCAUAUUUUCUAUGGUGCUGGAUUUUAAUUUUUAAAUUCUGUCUGUGGCCUCCUAAAUUGAUUUCACAAUUUUGUUUGCAACCUGCAGUUUGGAAAACCCUGCACUGAGCGCCCUAGAGCUCUGCUCUGAUGCUGUCCUUACUUGGAGGCCUGCUACCAGACUGCCUCCCAGCUCUGGUUGCCUUCAAGUGAGGUUGGAUGGGUGACAUCAUUUAUGCUGAAUUCUUCUCUAGGACAAGGAUCUGGUGUAUUGGCAGUUACGUUUUUUGUCAAUGUUGGGGCUUGGGAUAAGAUAUAUCCAAAAUUUGUAUGUUUUAUAUGAAGCUUUUUUUAAAAAGGCACUUCAGAACAAUCUUGAUCAGCUAACUUCCUUGCCUUUUGCUCCAUGACAAGCCUGAAAAUCAUCUUAUUACCAUAAAAGAUCCACCAAGUUCCACUUAAGAUAAUUGCACUAUUUAUAUAGUACUAGCACAGUAUGUCUGUAAAUGAAUUUAAUUGCAUAGUCCAAUUUGAAAGACCUAAUUCUAGAAAUCACUUUUCUGUAUUGACCAGCCAUUCAGAGAAGAAGAUAAGAAGGGCCUAACCAUGUCUUUGUGUUGAUGACAGAUAAAUGGUGUUAGAAGAUCAAACCUCUAAUCUUAAAACUGAUUAUGAGAGUGCAAUCAUGAUUUGCAAAAGCUGAAGACCUUUUAUUACAGAUUGUAACCUUAGAAAUUCAUGAUUGCAAAUAACACUAAAAUUCAAACUAAUCCUUAAAAAUUCCAGUUGCAUUACAACCUAGCCAUGUGACCUUGGGCAAGUUACAGAGUUCUCAUGUAUAAAAUGGAGUUAAUGCUAUUUUUAUGGGGAUUAAAUGAGUUAAUAUACUGAAAACCACCCAGAACAAUAUCUAGUAGAAUAAGUGCUUCUAUGAGUGUUUGUUCAUAUUAAUAUGAAAGCAGCAAGGCCGGGCGUGGUGGCUCACGCCUGUAAUCCCAGCACUUUGGGAGGCCGAGGCGGGUGGAUCACGAGGUCAAGAGAUCAAGACCAUCCUGGUCAACAUGGUGAAACCCCGUCUCUACUAAAAAUACAAAAAAUUAGCUGGGCAUGGUGGCGCAUGCCUGUAAUCCCAGCUACUCAGGAGGCUGAGGCAGGAGAAUUGCCUGAACCCAGGAGGCGGAGGUUGCGGUGAGCCGAGAUCGCGCCAUUGCACUCCAGCCUGGGUAACAAGAGCGAAACUCCGUCUCAAAAAAAAAAAGAAAGCAGCAAAAAAUGUUUGCAUUUUCCCAUUCAUUGAAAGAGGGUGACACUGUUCAAACUGGAUGGCAAUAGUUGGUAAAUGCGAUAGUCUUUGUGAAAAUCCUUUUUUAAAAUUUGACAACCUUGAUUUAAUUAAGGAACUUAAAAUUAGAAUAAUAUUGGACAGAAAUUGUAGUUUAGCAAAAUGUUACAGAGAUCAAGAGGUUCUUCAAUGGGCAUUCAGAGGGAGCAGGGCAGUUUGGAGAAGUGAGUAGGGAAAUGUCCAAUUCUGAUAUUAUUAUGAAUUUCCAUGUGAUAUACACAUAAAAGACCUGUAGUAACACCUGGCACAUAGUACAUGCUCAAUAAAUGCUAUCUAUUAUUUUUACUGUUGUUUCAUUAUUGAUAAAAUCAAGAUUCUUUAUAUCCUGGAUUUCAGACUGGUUAGAUAGUAAAUGCUGUCAAGUCACUUGUCCAGAUGGUGGGUAUUUCAUUUUCUCUUUGUGGAUCAGUUGAGACAAAGACAAGCUUCUACAAUUACCAGAUCUAUACACCCUCAGUGUCCUAAGACAGAAAAGCAAAGUGAAGGAAGACAGAGAAUGUCUUUGCUGGAGAAAGUGACCAAUGAGGCAACAUCUUUGAAAAAAGUUGCUCUUGAAGGAUAAGCCCGUAGCAAGCAAAGAUCAUGCUUAGGGUGUGGGAUUGGGUGGAAAUCCCAGUGGAAAUACAGUCAUUUGAACAUGUUAGUCGAAGGAAAGGAAACUUAAUGUGUAUUGAAGCUCCCUGAUGAUGUAUACCGUUUCUUGCCAAUCAUUGUCACCCUUUUCCUUUUUUCUUUCCCAAAUUCUUCUAUAUAAUACAGAUCAUAUAUAGCAAAUUUCCACUCUUGAAAUUUACCUGUUCUAUGUGUUUUAUCUUCUUUAAAGUGUCAACUAACUACUUCGUUAUAUACUCAUCCACUCUUGGGGGGGAUUCUGGGCAUUAUUGCUCUAUGUUUUAAUUGGAACAUUCUUGAUGUAAGGCCCAAAUAUUGACCCAUCAGUUCACACCUCCACCGAAGACAUUACAACAUAUGAAGUUUACUGGAAAGGGAAAUUUUUGUACUUUAUUUGUUCUUAUGAAUGUACAUGUACAUGUUUUCCUUUUUCCUGACGUAGAAAUUGUUUUUGUUUAAAUAACUUAUUGUUCCUUUGAUUAGACACUCAAGAGUAUAGCACUUUAUCAUUAGUAUAUUUUAGUAAAUGUAUUCACUUUACCAUAUAUAUAACAUAACUAUAACAUCAUUACUGUAUGUCCUUGGACUGAUGAGAUAGCUUUCUACUCUAAAAGCUUAUUUUGCUAUGGAAAAUUAUCACGGAUACUAUGUGAAAUUAUUAUUUUUCUAGUUGAUAUUAUUCUUUUCUUAGAAGCACAAAUAGACAAGACUUUUAAGAUGUAAUUCUGUCCUGGAAAAAUAGCUUCUUAUAACACCUUUAGUUUUGUGAUAGCACUUCCUAAUGAACUAAACUUUUUUCUUAAUUUUCCACUGUAAAUUAUCUAUCAUAUUAAAAAGAUUUAAAAUUUGA